GGUGACUGAGCCAGAGCCGGUGACAGAGCCAGAGUUGGAGGCUGAGCUAGAGCCGGUGGCUGAGACAGUGGCUGAGACGGUGACUGAGUCGGAGACAAUAGCUGAUCCGGAGCUGGUGAUUGAGCUGGAGUUGGCGACAGAGACAGACAAAGGCAAAGAGGUGGGGCAUGAGAGCACUGAUUAUGAGAUGGCUUUGGCUGAUACUGAGGACGCUGCCGCCGAGGCCGCUUCCAUGGACGUAACAUCGCCUGAGCCGGCACCGACACCGGCACCCGGGCCCGAGCUGGUCUCCGCCAGGAUCUUGUCCGACCCCGAGCUCAUGUAUGCGGCGUCCAUCCCGCUUCCCAACACGCCGGCGGUGGCGGCAGACCAGAGCACGCCGAAGCGCGCGGCGCCGGGCGACUUUUACAUUCCGGCCGACUGGCUGAUGAACCCGAACAGCGAGACGCAGCAGCAGCGGCAGCAGCGGGCUAGUCGGCAACCCGAGUCCCCGCUCCAGCGGUUUUCGGCAAUGCCGAGCGCUGACCAUCCGCACUCUGGUGAUCUAAUCCCGGUAACGCCAGCGAAUCAGAAGCUGCUAGACAGCCUGGAGAUCCAAUGGGUGUCGCCGCGGCUGGUGGCCAAGUUCAGUGAGGCGGACAUGGAGGCGGAGCGGCUCAGCUUCGAUGAAAAACUGGGGCAGCGCGACGAGCUACACCGGAUGAUCAUGGAGAGUGUCAAGGAGGAGUUUGCCGCCCAAAUGCGGCAGGCCGAGCAGGCAGCGGAGGACGCAGCCCAAAGGGCGCGCGACCUGGCUCAGCGGCAAAUGGAGCAGGUGCAGCGGGAGCAUGAGGCGGCGUUGCGCGCGCAGCGAGCGCAGCAUCGCGAGGAGAUCCAGCGGCGCGACGAGGAUACGCGCAGCCAAGUGGCAGAGCUCAGCCGCGAGAUCGAGAAUGCGCUUGCGGAGCGCAUGGCACUGGUGGAGGACCGCGACGCGACGCAGGCAACGCUAGAGCAAUUGAUGGCUGUGUCGACGGCACUAGAGGAAGAGAAAAACCAGCAUAUCCAUGGGCUGGAGCAGGAGCUCGGUAGCCUGACGGUGGAGCGGCGCCGGCUGCUGCAGCAGCUGGCGGAGGCUUUGACAGCUGCCGAGGAGCUGAGCGCGGAGCGCGACGAUGUUGUCAAACGCGUCGAGGCGCUGACGCUGGAGAACGUGCGCAUGGAGGAGCUGGCGAACGCACUGGGGUCGGACGUGCUGGUGGCUGAGGAGCGGUCGACGAAGAUCAAGGAGUAUGCGGAGAGCACGCUGGCUGCUGCUAAUGCGGAGAUCGCUAGUGCUCAUGAUCAGCUGGGCGCGCUGCGGCAUGAGGUUGGUUUGCUGCGGACUCAGAAUGCAAAGGCGGAGAACCGUGCGCGGUCUUUGCAGAUCCAGCUGGACUCGACAAAGCGCCAGAACGAGGAGCUGGUGGCACACUACAACAGCAUGUAGUAAACCUUUUUUUCUAAUUCGAUGUCAUUUUUCUUCCUUUUUCGUUUUCACUUAAUACUCCUUUC